ACAUAAAUAUAUAUAUAUUUAUAAAACUCAUCACAGUUGAACCGUAAACAGAACAAAGUCAUUAAACUCCAUGACAACCAUACUGUAGAACUUAUCGUUGUCAUAGAGACAUUAUGACAUCACAAUCGGUGCCUAUAAAACGCUCAGCCAGAUGAAACUGGUAUCAUUUGACUGAUCUGAACGCUUGCCUUUGGUUGACUCCGAACGCUACUGUACAGAUUAUCAAGUGAAUUUGCAGACUUUCAAAUAGUUCGCAACUUUAAACUGCUUGACGCACUGUGUACGGACAGACAGUUUACUUAGAUUUCAACCGUCUGUGAACCGAGUCUAAGCACAGUUAAGUCUGCAGUUAUCUUUUCACAUCAUGUUUCGUCCUGUAACACCAUUGUCCGACAAGGACAUGGAAGGAGCUGAUGUUGAAAAUAUGGAUUUUAAUCUGCCGAAUGCUGUGCCGAACUUUGACUAUGUCCCUGAUUUCGGACUUUCGUCACAAGUCGGGCGCGCUGCCGGUUGUUUAAAUCCAUUUGAAGGAGGAGAGGAGGAGGAGGAGAUGGUGGAUGUUUAUCCAACACAUGAGGCGAAACGCCAAAAAGUGUUGGGAUGGAGAUGUGAUGAUGGUGGAAUGGAUUUUGUCCUUCCAUGUGCCGUCCCUGACAUAGUCCCGAACAACGGACAUUUGUUAGACAGACGCGCCGGGAGUUCACAUCCACGAGGAGGAGUAAAGGAGUUUACUCCUGCAUUUGAGGAGGCGAACAGCCCCACAGAAAAAUGUGAGAAUAAAUUAUUGAAAUCAUUAAAGAAGGGAUGGAAUAUUGUAAGGCGCCCAUUCCUUCAUAAUGAUAAAGUGGAAACACUGAUUCCUUCAGAGCUUAAUGCAGAUUCAGCUAAUCUAAAGGAUGAUCCUGGUCUGGCGAGCUCUGAAUUAAACAAUAAGAUCAAACCGGAAAAACAACGAAUGGCAUUCUUUGACUGUCUCUGGAGGGGCAAGGUGGAGUCAGUGCCGACUCCCCUGCUUAAAGCGGAUCCAGCUAUCCCUGAUGUUAGGGAAGUUGUUGAUCUUGCAUCACAGUCAAAGACCUACGUUGGUCCGAAGAAACAGAAACAAAAGGCUUCAAAGAGCCGCAAAUCUAACCUCCAGGGAGAAAAAGUGACUGUUGUGCCAACUCAACAGCCCAAGGCUAUUUCAGAUAUUCCUGUUGGCAUGGAUGUUCCUGCUCUGGCCGGCCCCCAAUCAAAACCAAAGAUUCGUCCGGAUAAACGCAUGACAUUGACGCAACGCUUCUUUGGAUGCUUCCGGAGGGGCAAAGUGGAGUCGAUGCCGACUUCACAGAUUGAGGCCGAUCCAGCUAUCCCUGAUGCCAGGGAAGUUGUUGAUCUGGCAGAUUCUCAAUCGAAGAGUGUUGGCUUAAAGAAACAAAAACAAAAGGCUUCAAAGAGCCGCUCAUUUCACAACCCUUGGAGUAAAAAAGGGAAGAGUAAAGUGAAAAAAGAUGCCAAUCUAGCUUUUCCUGAUGCCAUGGAUGAUGUGGAUCUGGCCAGUUCUGGUGGCAUCGCUGCAGCCAAUGCCAGGCUACAGACAUUAGGUGCCAUUCCAGAGAAUAUUGGGUUAAAAGGUGGUGGAAAUCCUGACCCAAAUAAAGCAAAAAAUCCUGGGUCAAAAGAUGUUGGAAAUCCUGAGGCAAAAGGUGGUAAAAAUCCCAGGCCAAAAGCUCUUAAAGCUCUUGGAAAUCCCAGACGUCCUUGGAUUCCUAACCCAAGUAGAGCUAAAAAUCAUGGACCAAAAGAAGAUAAAAAUCCCAGACCAAAAGAUUUUGAAAAUCCCAGACAUCCCUUGCCAGAAGAUGACAAAGUUGUCAGGCCAAAAGUUUUUCAACAAGCUUUUGAACCGCCAAGCGAGAAGAAACCAGAUGAUCCCUCAGUGCUUAGAGACACUGUUGAUUGUAAAUAUCAACUCUUGGAGGAUGAAGUGCUUGGGGAAGGCUUCUUUGGCAAAGUGCACAAAGGGAUUUAUAAAUCAAAUGGCUCUCCGGUUGCCAUCAAGCAGAUUUCCAAACAAAAAAGGCCUCUCACAUAUCUUCAGUCUCCUGAAACCUCCGAACCAGUCAUUACAGAAGUGGCGCUGAUGCUUAAGUUAGGAGAUGCGCCCUCAUGCCCCAAUGUCAUACAGAUGUAUGACUGGUACGAGACUGAACACGAUUUAACACUCGUGAUGGAGUACCCACUGCACAGCGAAUCCUUGUUGCAUUUUGUUCAGCAUGAAGAAAAACUAAGUGAAAAUACAGCAAGACAUCUCAUGCGUCAGGCGGUACUGGCAGUGCAACACUGUCUGGAUAAUGGAGUUUUUCACACCGACAUCCAUGCCGGGAACUUCUUGGUGCAGCAAUCAACAAUGAGCCUGACGUUAAUUGACUUUGGGGCUGGACAUUAUCUGACGCAUGAGGCAUAUAAGUCCUCCGACUUUGUAGGAGCUCCAUGUUGCACCCCGCCUGAGAUCAAAACGGCUAAGAAAUACCACGCCGUGCCAGCAAACGUCUGGGCCUUAGGUGUUUUGCUGUAUUUCAUGGUGCUUAGAAGUUUCCCCUCAAAGAACUUUCUUUCCGGGUAUCUGAAGACAAAUGAGAUGGAUUUAUCAAACGAAAUCUGUGAUCUGUUAAGAUGGUGCCUGGCCCCGAAUCCAAGUGAUCGUCCGACGCUCAAGCAGAUCUUACAUCAUGACUGGUUUAAAAUUAAGUCUGACGAAGAAGAGCUACUCGUAUACAAAAGGAGGGCAAUAUCCACACAAUUAAAAGAAGGAUGAAGCUGAAUGACUGAAGGAGAGGGGAAUGAUUGGAGAUGCUGUUUUCAUUAUCCUAAGACGUAUGGAGUUUGAAGGAGGUUGUAUUUCAGACUUCAUGAACACAGACCGCUGGCUGAACAUCUGAUGCAGAUCCUGUCUCAUCCUUGAACACAUAAUAAAAAUGUUUUAAUUCUUAAUGUUUUUAUAUUUUAAAGUUGUAUAAUAAAGUAUCUAAUAUAUAUUAUGUCCUCUAUAGAAUCAGCUAUAUCUGUCUCUCUAGUUUUUUUUUCAGGUUUAACUUAGAUAUCUCUUCUAUACAUUUCAUUAUCACAACGCUCGAUAGUUCAGUUUAAUCUGUACUUUGCAACUUUUGUUGUCCCUUGAUUUUUCUGUGUUUUUCUUUUUUUAUGAAUGUAAAGCUGCUUUGAAAUAAUUAAAAAAUUGUGAAAAGUGCUACAGUAUAUAAAUAAAAUUGAAUUGAAUAUGGAAGACUUUUCUUUAGCAGAUGUUUUAAUCUGCUUUUUUACUUUUUUAUUUGAUCAAACUGAUUAACUUGGGUUACUUAUGUACAUGUUUUUCAUAUGCAAUAUCAAACCCUUGACCUUGGUAUAAAAUACUGGGAGUUAACGUAGUAAAUCCAAUCAGACACAAUGUUAAACCUGAUGCUGUUUUAACCCAAAUAAAUAAGUACACUUGACCUAAACCUUAAAAUAUACCCUUCAUUACUCUGUGUUUUAGUUUAAUUUGCAUGAUUUCUCUCAAUCAUCAAGAUAUUUUGAUUAACUUAUUUUAUUUAAAUCUGUGGUAAUCUUAUGUAAACUGCUACUCUGCAGCUAUUUCUGUUAUCACUGUUGGCUAUUAUUU